AUGUCAAACUUCGCUUCUCUCUCCUUGGUAGUUAUUGUCAACUACAUCAUAUUGAAUGUGCUAGAUGAGUCCCAGAUUUAUUCCGAGUCUCGGGGGCACAAUUUUACAUUAAAUGCCACAUUCGCUGAAAUCGAAUUCAGUGACUAUGAUGGCCUAGUCAUGCCAGGAGGACGAGCUCCGGAGUAUCUUGCGAUGGAUCAAUCUGUUGUAGACUUCGUCAGCAAAUUUUCUCAUGCUGGAAAGCCGAUUACCACUAUUUGUCAUAGCCAAUUGAUUUUGGCUGCUGCAAAUAUUGUUAAAGGUUGCAAGUGCACAGCAUAUCCUACUGUGGGACCUGUACUGAUUGCUGCAGGUGCUCACUGGGUUGAACCUGAGAGCCUGUCACACUGUAUUACUGAUGGCAAUCUUGUGACUGGGGUUGCAUACCCUGGACAUCCUGAGUUCAUCCAGUCUUUUGUGAAGGCUUUGGGCAGCAGCAUUACUGGGUCGCAAAAACGGAUCUUAUUUUUAUGUGGGGACUACAUGGAAGAUUAUGAGGUAUACGUACCUUUUCAGUCUCUUCAAGCUCUAGGGUGCCAUGUUGAUGCAGUCUGGCCCAAGAAGAAGAGUGGUGACACUUGCCCAACUGCAAUUCAUGAUUUUGAAGGUGACCAGACUUACAACGAGAAACCUGGCCAUGAUUUUACUCUUACAGCUGACUUUGAGGGUUUGGAUGCCUCAAGUUAUGAUGCCCUUGUCAUCCUUGGAGGUCGUGCCCCAGAAUAUUUGGCCUUGGAUGGGAAAGUGAUUGCUCUAGUUAAGGAUUUCAUGGAGGCCAAGAAGCCAGUUGCCUCCAUUUGCCAUGGGCAGCAGAUUUUGGCUGCUGCUGGUGUUCUCAAGGGGAAGAAAUGUACAGCAUAUCCUGCUGUGAAGCUCGACAUGGUACUAGCCGGCGCCACAUGGUUAGAACCUGAUCCAAUCGAUCGCUGCUUCACCGAUGGAAACUUGGUCACAGGAGCGGCUUGGCCUGGUCACCCAGAGUUCAUUUUUCAGUUAAUGGCACUAUUGGGUAUAAAGGUAACCUUUUAGCCGACGUUCGUGCUUGUACAUGUAUCAAAUAAAUAGCAUGGAGUCUACUUCCGUGCUGGCUAUAA